AACAUUUGAGCCUCUCUGCUAAGAGGCUGAGAAAAGCAACCACCGGAGGUUUAAGGCAUACAUAUUAAUAUUGCGGGUGCUUAAGUCAGCCGCUGCGCCGCUGCCUGCCGCCAUGUUGGAGCAACAUGGCCCCGUGCAUUCGCUCGUCCAGUUGUCUGGCUCCAUCAUACCUGAAGUGCUCCGUCGCUCAGAAUUCUGGUUGAUGCUGGGAGUCCAUUUGAUGACGUGGGGUGGCUACCAAUCAGGUUACUUCCAAGGGAAGAGCUACUUGACCUCUGCGGUGAGCAUCGAUUGGGUUGACCUGAAAGUCCUCACGGUGAUGACCACCUUCUUUAUGGCCUUCUAUGUGAACCAAAGCUUUCAGCGAUAUCAAGAGAUCUACCUCUCCCUCUUUCGCCUCUUCACCAAAGUCUACGACUUCGCCAGCCUCGCGCGCCUGGCCUUUGCCAACAAUCGGUCGGCGGAGCGGCUGGGCUGUCGCUGGCUGGCGAGCAGUACCCUGCUGUGCUUGGAAGAGCUCGCGGAGGAACACGGGGAGCUACCGGAGGAACUUUGGCAGAAGCACGAGACUUGGAUGGUGAGGAGGAGCGAGGUGGAGCUUUUGAAGCAACUCAACUCGAUGGAACGCGUGUUGCUGAUGUCCCGCAGGACCGCGGAGUUGUGUAAAUCUCAGUUGGAGGAGGAGGAGUUUCAGAAGCUGCUGGUUGCCAUCAUGAACUUCAAGGAAUGUCAACAAGAGCUCUUGGACUUGGCAAAGUUGGAAGUGCCCUUCUCCUACCAGCAUCUUUUGAAGGUCAUGGUGUUUCUCACGCUCUUCUUCUUGGCGUAUGGCAUGGCUUUGAGUGAGUCCUCCAUGGCCCCAGGCCUCUUCAUCAUCAUGGAACUGGUUCUGCUGGGCAUGUUGGAUCUUUCAGUGGACCUUUGGAAUCCCUUUCGCUCCAAGAACUUGUUCUUCACCAUGGACCAGUGGAAAGAGGACUUCCGCUUUAGCCUCCACACCAUCUUAAAUUAUGAACAUGCAGGACCCGACGACCACUGGGAACCGGAACUGGAAGAGGAGAAGAACUUUGCCAAUCCCAAUUUGCUUUCCAAUCCCAACCAACUGCAGCAGUGGUUGGAGGGCGACUCCCCCAUCAUUGACGGCCUGAGCCCUCGUGAUUCUCCACGCGCAGAGGAGGCGGAACCACGGCUGGAAUCCCUGCAGUCUGAAGGAGACACAACGAGGAUCGAUCGGAGUGAGCAACCUUCUUGGAGCGACGGUCAGGCAGACGUGCGGCCGAAGGAGACUGCGUUGAUCUUGGGAAUUUGAAUCCACCAAAACAAAACAAA